CUCAUUCCCAUCCCAUCCAUCGUUCAUUCUUCAACCUAUCACUAUCGUGUCUGUUUACUCUAGCUUAGGUGAGUGUCGAGCGCGCGAGUCUGCAUGAUACUGGGUGCAUAGAAGGGGAUCGCACCAGUCUCUUGUCUGUGUCUUCUCCAAGUCAAGCUUGACGACGGUCCGCGGACCGUGUCCGUAUAAGCAUCGCCACCCAUUCAACACGCCCAAUGCGUGAUGAGUAUUGGUGCGAGAGACAUUGUAGUUGUCUAGAGGUCUUCCACUCGUUUCCUCGUAUCCCAAACCUUUCAAUUGGGCGAUCGUGCCUCUGCUUCUCCCUGAUCUCGGACAUUGGACACGUCGCUGACGGAUACGUCACCAUUCGAUCGCCCCUCGAUCCCGCCAUCUUCCAACCUACAGAUAUUGAUAAUCGAUCCUUCCCUACUUUCUUCGGUAGUAUCUCAUCAUCACCAUGCAGAUCUUCGUGAAGACCCUUACCGGAAAGACUAUCACCCUCGAGGUCGAGUCCUCGGAUACCAUUGACAACGUCAAAUCCAAGAUCCAAGACAAAGAAGGCAUUCCCCCUGAUCAGCAAAGAUUGAUCUUUGCUGGAAAGCAGCUUGAGGACGGUCGAACUCUGUCCGACUACAACAUUCAGAAAGAGUCCACCCUACACUUGGUCCUUCGUCUCCGAGGAGGAAUGCAGAUUUUCGUCAAGACCCUCACCGGGAAGACUAUUACUCUUGAGGUCGAAUCAUCUGAUACGAUUGACAACGUCAAGUCGAAGAUCCAGGACAAGGAGGGAAUUCCCCCUGACCAACAACGUUUGAUUUUCGCGGGAAAGCAGCUUGAGGAUGGUCGAACUCUGUCCGAUUACAACAUCCAAAAGGAGUCCACUCUCCACCUUGUCCUCCGUCUUCGUGGAGGUAUGCAAAUCUUCGUCAAGACUUUGACCGGCAAAACCAUCACCCUCGAAGUCGAGUCCUCCGAUACCAUUGACAACGUGAAGAGCAAGAUUCAGGACAAGGAGGGUAUUCCUCCUGAUCAACAGCGACUCAUUUUCGCUGGUAAACAACUCGAAGACGGACGAACCCUCUCCGACUACAACAUCCAGAAGGAAUCAACCCUUCAUCUCGUUCUUCGUCUCCGUGGUGGUAUGCAGAUCUUUGUGAAGACCUUGACUGGCAAGACCAUCACUUUGGAAGUUGAGUCAUCCGACACCAUCGACAAUGUGAAAAGCAAGAUUCAGGACAAGGAGGGUAUUCCUCCUGAUCAACAGCGACUCAUUUUCGCCGGUAAACAACUCGAGGAUGGACGUACACUCUCCGACUACAACAUCCAGAAGGAGUCUACGUUGCAUUUGGUGCUCAGGUUGCGAGGAGGUAUGCAGAUUUUUGUCAAGACUCUCACCGGAAAGACCAUCACCCUUGAAGUCGAGUCGUCUGACACAAUUGACAAUGUCAAGUCCAAGAUUCAGGACAAAGAGGGCAUCCCUCCUGAUCAACAACGAUUGAUUUUCGCCGGAAAGCAGCUGGAAGAUGGACGAACUCUCUCAGACUACAAUAUCCAAAAAGAGUCCACCUUGCAUCUUGUCUUGCGUCUGCGAGGAGGUAUGCAGAUCUUCGUCAAGACUCUCACUGGUAAGACGAUCACCCUCGAAGUCGAAUCCUCAGAUACUAUCGACAAUGUCAAAUCUAAGAUCCAGGACAAGGAAGGCAUCCCACCCGACCAGCAGCGGUUGAUCUUCGCUGGAAAGCAGCUGGAAGAUGGACGCACGCUCAGUGACUACAACAUCCAAAAGGAGUCUACCUUGCACUUGGUGCUUCGGCUCCGUGGUGGUCAAUGAUGAGACCUUAGAGAGAAAAGGAUCCGAUGUCGAACUUCCGUAUUUUGUAGGAUUUGCCAUAUGAAUCUCCGUGACUUU